AUGUGCGAACUAGUAAUUGCUCGUCAGUACAAUUCCGUAGUGGCUAGCGUCGCAAAGUACCUAAUGCUCAACUCACCUUCCACCCUAUAUAGCAUUUCUAGAUAUACAAAAAUAGAACUAAAUGAGACCAAAAAUGCACUAAUAUUGCUUGUCCUUCACGACAUAGUCCGACCUGAUACCCGUGUCCAUCCCGACACUGGUACUCAGGUCUACUACACAGUACUGCUUGAGAAUAUAUUGAACAGAUUACUCCUACCCGUGGUACUGACUGUUGUUGGCCAUGUUUACUCUAAAAUCCACUCACAAUUGUUACUUCAGUUCGCCAAAUAUGGUUAUUUAUGUCUAGAGAAGUGCGUCUCCCUCACCUACAGUGAUAUCGUUAGCGCCAAUAACACUCUACUUGGACAGGAAUUGAUAGAUACGUUUGAUAAUGAAGAAUACGCCAAGAUAACCCUAUCAAAUGCACUCAACGACCUGAUCCUGUACCAAUUAAUCGCAACUACUACAACAACUGCUGCUAUUGGUGUCUACGAACCAGAGCUUAACGUAAACUGCUUGGCACCACUGGCAUAUAGGCUAAAUUUGGAAUCUUUGGCCCGGCUGCUGUACAAUCAAGAAGUGAUUGAAAAUGCGUCCAUGCGAAUUGGGCACAUUCCCGUGGCCAAAACGGUACUAUUGGCGCUGAUAGCAAACGGGAUACCUAUGACACCAGCACAAAUACACGAUUAUAUUACAAAUUGUUCAAGAGAUAGUACCAUAACGCUUGAUUACACGGCACGCAUACUUUCAGGCUUGGCUCGCCAUCCUGAUGGCGUAGUUACUUUAUCCACUAAGGACGACUAUUCACCAGAGCCCAUGUAUGCUAUUAAUGUCAAGCGUUCAAGGGAAUUGAUGCUACACCGAGUAUUGUUUGGAUGCAUCGAGCGAUCUUGCGGAAUUAUGGGAGCUAGGAUUUGGAAUCUGCUUGCCGUUAGAGAUAAUAAGUUUUGGAACCCGCAGUACGUGAGUCAGCAGGCCCUAAUGCCCCUAUCCACAGUGAGGUCUCUGUUGUAUUCGUUAUCUUUGAGGGGCUAUAUUCGGAUCCAUGAGAUAUCUGAUACUAAACUGCAGAGCGCCCCUGGCGCCACAAAUUUUGCCCCUACUCUCCCCGCUGGCAUGAAGCAGAUGCAAUCGUUGCAUUUUACAUCUAACAUCAUCAUGUCUAGCGCUAAAAUAGUACAGGACUGCUACAAAAUAGCCUCCAACCUUAUACACAGAGGGAACUUAAUUUCAAAUGGCAAAAUUAACAUGGGUCCCUCAUCUUCCCAGUGGAAUUUGGACAGAAUUACAGGCCGUCAGGCCGAAAUGGAUUUGUUGGAGCAAAGCCUAUUGCAUGCGGCUAAGUUAUUACUGUUACUCACAAAUUCUAUGUGA